CCUCAAAUUAAAACUAAUUCAAUUCUUUUCUCUCUCUCCUUACAACAUUCACAACUUCAAAUACACAUCCACCAGUGACUUUGCUGACACGAUUCACUGAGAUUCAACCAUUUAUCACAUCGUGUUCAAAUACUCAUUCACCAUCAUUACUCAAUAAAACUUUUCAAUAGCAGAAAUAGGUUUGUGUUCUGCUUCCAAAGUCGGUUGAAGACUUUUUCAUAGGAAAAGUUUCUUUCAAGUCCUCACACCACCACCGUUGCUCAAUAAAAAUCCUGAAUAGCAGAAAUAGGUUCGUGUUCUGCUUUCAAAGUCGGUAAAACAAACUUAAACCAACUUCUUCUUCUUUCAAGUCCUCACACCACCAUCAUUGCUCAAUUAGAAUCCAGAAUAGUGAAAAUAGGUUCGUGUUCUGCUUUCAAAGUUAGUCGUCGAUCUUUUUCACUAGAAAAAAACAUUUUAACAACAAAUUCAAACCAACUUCCUCUUCUUUCAAGGCUUAUUCAUACACCACAAUUAUAGAAACAGGUUCGUAUUCUGCUUUCAAAGUCAGUCGAGAAAAUAUGGUUAACUUCAAUGAUCAAGAUUUCUUUUCUAGUAGAUGUGUAUGGGUAAAUGGACCUGUUAUUGUCGGUGCAGGUCCAUCGGGACUAGCUGUGGGAGCUUGUUUAAAAGAACAAGGCAUCCCAUUUGUAAUCUUGGAAAAAUCAGAUUGCAUUGCAUCACUAUGGCAAAAAAGAACUUAUGAUAGACUAAAACUACACCUCCCUAAACAAUUUUGUCAAUUACCCAAAUUCCCAUUUCCACAACACUACCCUGAGUACCCUACAAAGAAACAAUUCAUUGAUUAUCUUGAAUCAUAUGCAAGAAAAUUUGACAUUAACCCAAUGUUCAAUGAGUGUGUUCAAUUUGCAAAGUAUGAUAAAUCUUGCAAAUUGUGGAGGGUGAAAACUAUUUCAUCAAGUGGUUUAGAAGUUGAGUAUAUUUGUCAAUGGCUUGUUGUGGCUACUGGUGAAAAUGCACAAAAAGUUGUGCCUAAUAUUGAAGGAUUAAAAGAAUUUGGAGGUGAAGUGAUUCAUGCUUGUGAUUAUAAGUCUGGUGAAAAGUUUAGUGGCAAGAAAGUUCUUGUUGUUGGUUGUGGGAAUUCUGGUAUGGAAGUUUCUCUUGAUCUUUGCAAUCAUAAUGCUCAACCAUCAUUGGUUUGUCGUAGCUCGGUUCAUGUAUUGCCAAGAGAAAUCUUUGGGAAAUCAAUAUUUGAGUUGGCUAUGUUUAUGAUGAAAUGGCUACCAUUGUGGCUAGUUGACAAAAUUUUACUCAUUUUGACAUGGUUCAUUCUUGGUAACAUUGAGAAAUAUGGUCUAAAAAGGCCAAAAAUUGGACCAUUGGAACUCAAGAAUACACAAGGGAAAACUCCUGUUUUGGACAUUGGUGCAUUGGAAAGAAUUAGAUCAAGAAAAAUUAAUGUUGUACCUGGAAUCAACAAGUUUUCAUGUGGCACCGUUGAACUUGUCACUGGCGAAAAACUCAAAAUUGAUUCUGUUGUUCUUGCUACUGGCUAUCGUAGCAAUGUCCCUUUUUGGCUAAAGGAAAGUGAAUUCUUUGCCAAGAAUGGAUUUCCAAAAGCACCAUUUCCAAAUUGUUGGAAAGGAAAAUAUGGAUUAUAUGCAGUUGGUUUCACAAGGAGAGGGUUAGCUGGUGCUUCUAGUGAUGCUAUUAGAAUUGCACAAGAUAUUAGCAAAGUUUACAAUGAAGAUAUUAUGCAAAAAAAGCAAAAUUUUUCUACACAUACAAGAUGCAUGUCAACCUUAUGUGUAAAUUAAUUUUGUUGAAAAAAUAUAGAGAUAAGUAUCCAGUACCCUCGAACUACGGUCAAAGUUGCUACGACACACUCUAACUUCACACGGGUCUUAUUACUAUACCACUGAACUCAAUUUUAGCAUAUUUUUCACUAUUUUGUGCUGACGUGACACCUUUAAUCUUAUUACUAUACCACUGAACUCAAUUUUAGCAUAUUUUUCACUAUUUUGUGCUGACAUGACACCUUUAUUACAUAAAAUAGGGCCCACGUUAAAGGUGUCACGUCAGCUGAAAAGGUUAACAAAUGGUGUCAUGUUAGCUAAAUAGGAUGAUAAAAAUACGCUAAAAUUUAGUUCAGCGGAUAAUAGAGACCCUGUGAAUUGAAGUGUGUCGUAACAAAUUUGGUCAUAAUUCAGGAAGUAAUAAAUGCUUUACUCAAAAAUAUUAAUAUUUAAAAAAAAAGAAAGCACAAGGUAGCAUAGAGAUUAACCCUCUCCAAAAGCCCAAGUUUUGCUAUAGUUUGGGAGUUUUGUAUUGGAAGGAGCAACCUAUCUAUCGGAAAGUUCCUGCCUAAGUCGUCAGAUCCUCAAAAAAACGUUUGUUGGAAAGUUCUUGCAUAUGUUGUGGAUCUUCCAAAAAAAGUUCUUUUGGGGGGACACGUAGGAUGAUGACGAGGCGUUUUAGUUUCCUAUUUUACCUUUUUACCCCCUCUUCCAACUUUGACUUUAGUGUUUACUUGUAUUGAUAGUUUUGUACAUAUUUGUACAAUUACUAUUGAUGAUUAAUCAAAGUGACAAAGAUAUUUGUUUAUUC